AAAUUUCGCUUUGAAAAAAUACAAAUAAUAAAAUUAAAACUGAAAAGUGAAAACUCCAAGAGUUGCAUGUUGUAAAAUUGAAGAAACAAAAAAAAUUGAAAAAUUGCAAAUCGAAAAGUUCGAAAAACAAAAAUUGAAAAAAACAUAAAAUUAAAAAAUCAAAUAAAUUUAAAAAAACGGAAGGAAAAAGUGCAAGCUUGAAAAAUUUUAAAUCGAACAGUUGAUAAAAUAAGGAAAAUAAACGAGUGUAAGUACGGCCACAGGUUAAAGAAAUCGUAAAUAAAAACUUGGGGUUGGCGGCACUGCGGGAACUGCCUGAUUGUGAGAGGGGGGCUGUUAGUUGUCAUAACACGUACGAAACGUGCCAUUUUUAAACAAACGAAAUUUUUGUUACAUUGUUUUUAUUGUUUGGUUUUUGUAGGGGUAAAUGUCUGACGACGACAACGUUCAAUAUAUUAAGAAACCGAGGAAGGAGCUGGAGGAGGCGGCGACCAACGACGAAAGCAAUAAAAAGGGGGAGAACUCGGCAGCGAAUCCACCCCAAGUACACAUUUCUACAGAGACAAAAGCACUUAUAGAUUCACUGCGGGAGGUGCAGCAGCGUCGCGAAGAAAAGCAAAUCAUGAGAGUGUCGAACGUGAAAACUGUGGCCUUUGGUCGGGAAUUCUACGGGACGAUUGAAAUUUCGUCAGAUGCAAUUCUGAUUAUACCGGACGAUCUAAAUAUGAUAAAUUUAUACUUAAUGCCCUGUAAUAUAAAGGAAUUUUAUGAGGAGGGACUGCGGGGCAUUAUGUUAAACCUGUACUGCGACCCACAAAAAGUCAUGAUCUUUUUCCGAAAGGAGAGGCAAGUGGCUCAGGCGAUGAAACGCUUAGAACAAUUGAAAGGUUCCGAGUCCAUAUCAGAAUCUUCCAGCUCUGGAGAGACGUCGGUGUGUGCACUGACACCCAAUUAAAUAAAUAAAUCUUUUACAAUUUUUUUUUUUUUUUCAAUAUGGGUACCAGAAUAAACAAGAAUAUCAGGGGAAAAUGUCUGACGACGACAACGUUCAAUAUAUUAAGAAACCGAGGAAGGAGCUGGAGGAGGCGGCGACCAACGACGAAAGCAAUAAAAAUGGGAAGAACUCGGCGGCGAAUCCACCCCAAGCACACAUUUCUACAGAGACAAAAGCACUAAUAGAUUCACUGCGGGAGGUGUAGCAGCGUCGCAAAGACAAGCAAACGAUGAAAGUGUCGAACGUGAAAACUGUGGCCUUUGGUCGUGAAUACUACGGGACGAUUGAAAUUUCGUCAGAUGCAAUUCUGAUUAUACCGGACGAUCUAAAUAUGUUAAAUUUAUACUUAAUGCCCUGUAAUAUAAAGGAAUUUUAUGAGGAGGGACUGCGGGGCAUUAUGUUAAACCUGUACUGCGACCCACAAAAAGUCAUGAUAUAUUUCCGAACGGAGAGGCAAGUGGCUCAGGCGAUGAAACGAAUAAAACAAUUGAAUGGUUCCGAGUCCACAUCAGAAUCUUCCAGCUCUGGGGAGACGUCGGUGUCAAUAUCGGUACCAGAAUAAACAAGAAUAUCAGGAUUAAUUUUAAGUCAGUCAGACCAUAAAGUCGUAUAAUUUAAUCAAGCAGUGGCAAUAAAAUCUUGCGCGUUAGAAUAAACAAGUGCAUAACCAGAUAUCACUAGAUACAUAAAAAGUACACAAUGUAUUACCAAAUUAACUUAAUUAAACAACUUUAUCGUAUUGUUCGCUGUUAACAAUCGGCAAUCUCUGACCCAUAUCUGCUCUAAUAAUUGAUAAUUUUAUUAUACAUUUUUUUAAUUCACGUGUUAUUGGGAAACAAAGGAACAAACAUUGUCAACUGGGGUAUACUAACCUGAAACGAGAAAUUUUUUGAAAUACAGAUCUUGAUAUUUUAAUCUUUAGACACCAGAUAGUCCAAAUUUAGUCCACAAAAGUAAUUACUUAAUAUUAAUAUAAUUAAUAUGUGUCGUUCCACAGGGUGAAGUCUGACAGGAUGCAGAUUAACAUCAAAUAUCACAUCACUUAAGCAAAACAAUGCAACUUUUGUUCUCAACAAGUGGUAGUUGCAACACCGAUUAUAAUCACUUAGUAUUUUCGUGGAACCAAAUUAUCACAUCAAUAUGGAAUGUAUAAGAUUUUUAUAAAAUUUAGAAAAAAUUGCAAGCAUCCGAAAUGCGCCGACCACAACAUCAUCCUACAUAAUCUCAAGUCCUUCGUCUGUCUCAAACAAUUCGUCGGGUUUUCCGACGAGAUUCUCGACGUCGCCUUCGUCCGAAAAGACUCGAGUCAUCUGGCAGUCGCCACGAAUUCGCUCGACAUCAAACUCUACGACUCCACUAUGAACUGUCAAUUGCUGAAAGGGCACACCGACAUCGUGCUUUGUUUAUCCACCAGCAAAACCAACCCCGAUCUUAUGUUAUCGGGGAGCAAAGACAACAAAAUCCGCUUGUGGUUAUUCAAUGGGUCUUCCAUGUCGUGCGUCGGGGUAGGUCACAGUCACACCGCCUCCGUCGGUUCCGUCGCCUUUCACAACGCCACCUCGUGCUUCUUCAGCGCCAGCCAAGACACCUGUCUCAAACUCUGGGAAACCCCUACUAAUCCCGAAAGCGACACAAUCCUGACGUGCACUAGCACCGAAGUCGCCCACCACAAAGACAUUAAUUGUGUCUCGGUGUCCCCAAACGGGAAAAUCAUCGCCACCGCAUCGCAAGACAAAACCGCUAAACUCUGGACCGAAGCUCUAACCCUAGUGGGGACUCUCAGAGGCCACAAACGCGGCGUCUGGUCGGUGGCGUUCUCCCCGGUGGACCAAGUCGUGAUUACGUCGUCAGCCGACUGUACCGUGAAACUGUGGUCAGUCAGCGACCUCCACUGUCUCAAGACUCUGGAAGGCCACGAAUCCAGCGUCCUCCAAGUCGCGUUCAUCUCCAACGGGAUGCAAAUCGUGAGUGCGGGGGCCGACGGCCUUCUCAAACUCUUCAGCGUGAAGACCUCGGAGUGCGUAGGGACGUUUGAGACGCACGAAGGCCGCAUUUGGGCCAUGGCGGUGCACAAAGACGAAACCGAAAUCGUAACAGGAGGGUCGGAUUCGCUUCUGGUUAAGUGGAAAGACGUGACUGAAGAACGCAAACUCCAAAGAUUGAAAGAACAAGAAGAAGAGACGCUCCAGCAGCAGAAACUAGCCAAUUAUCUCCAGAACGACGAGCUCGUGAAGGCGUUGAAGUUGGCUUUGAGGCUCGACAGACCCUUGCAGGUGUUACACUAUUUUAACUGACACUCAUACUCUGUUAAAACAAGUAGAUUAAAAAAGUGCUCUAAGUUUAUUUAGACAGAACUUCCUGAAGCACAGUACAAGAUAACCAACUUUUUCCAAAAAUUAUAAUAUUUGAAUUUGCGAAUUUAAUUUUUUAUGAUAACCACUAUAAAGAAACAUGCUAUGCAUAUGUUGCAGGUGAGUUUUUUUGUGAUGAUACUAAUACUAAUACCAACACUAUUGUAUUCUCAAAAUUUCAGGAAAAUAGAGUGAACCGUUUUUGAUUUGAUAAAUAAAAUAAACUGCCUUACGCAUAAAUUGUUUUUAGCCACCGUAUAUAAGUAAUUCUAAAUAAGGUGUUGAGACUCAGAACGCAAUCACAUCGAAAUAUCAAAGACAGCAGUGAAUUGUUAAUGGCUUUUGUGUUAUCAAGUAGCAAGAGGUUCGAGUGCCCAAUUUUACAUUAAUUCAAAUGCAUUACUCUAAAAAACACCAACUCAGAACAACAGGAAUUGGAAAAACUAGAUUUUACAAAACAAGCGUGUUAUACGUUUUUUUUUUUCAACUGAGUUUUUUUAUAACGCAGUUUUUUCCAAACCCGCACCUCUUAUUUGCGAAGCUGAAUGUAAAGAAGAGGAGGGAUUAAACAGUAAAAAUUGUAAUAAGAGUAAAAUAAAUCGAGGUGGAUUCAUAAAACACAGUAAAGGAGUACCUUAUUUUGAACAGACGUCAUCAAAUUUUUGACGGGAAUGAUUAGAAAAAUUUUGAUCUGCGUCAAAACUGUAGAUUAGUAAAAAAAACAUUUUUUGCAGAGAUAAAAGCACUAAUAGAUUCACUGCGGGAGGUGCAGCAGAGUCGCCAAGACCAGAAAACAAUGAGGUUCUCGAACAUCAAAACAAAGGCUUUUGGUCGUGAAUAUUACGGGACGAUUAUAAGUAAUUUCGUCAGAAGCAAUUCUAAUUAAACCCGACGAUCCAGAUAUAUUAAAUCUAUACUUA